ACAGUCGUGAAGUCACUGCAGGAUGAGACUAUACAAUGAUUUGUUUUAAUGUUUGCACGCUUCCACUAUUAAUUAUACGAAUAUGUUAUGUAAUUACCUGUUUUGUGAUAGUAAGUUCUUUGUUAGGUUAAGUGAAAUUGUAGUUUAAAUGUUUACACUUCACUCGCAACGAUUGCGUAGGAGGUUAAGUGCUCCAACAUCUGGCUCCGCUCGUCGGAGAGCCAGGGAGCGUCGUAGAGCAGAACAGACUCGUGAGGAAGGGGAACGGUUAGCGCGUGAGCGACGUGAGAAUAGAGCCAGGGAGAAACUCGAGCAACAGCGGCAGGCCCGCGAAGAGCUGGCGUCAUAUGAACCGUGGGGCCGCGCAGGCGGCGGAGCGCCCAAUCCACAAGGAGUGAGGUUUUCUAAUAUACGUGCAAGAGGAAUUUAUCCUGAAGAUGAACUAAGGGGUGUAUCUCAGUACGAACCUUGUUAUCGUUGGCCAACGACACCGAGGCGUAUUACACGUCGUACACCACUGCGACUACGUGAAGAUCCUCAGCUAUGCUUUGCAGACAACUUGCGCCGGAGCGUUGAUAAUGACAUUCGUUACAAACAAACUCCUGAUCAGCAGCAGAGUUACAAACAGGUUUUAGAUGAUAUGGUUAAUAAAAGAAAAAAAGCUGUAAAAGAUGAAUUAAGAAAAAAAUUGGAAUACGAGCGCAAAAUGCACAACAUGGAAGGACCAUGGGGUAGACCGGGUCCUGGAGGAACGACUUGGAGGAACCCUCGUGAUGUUGGAUUAAAUUUCACAAAGUCUAUGGGUUGGACAGACAAUGAAACUUUUAAUAAAAUGAAAGGGGAUCAUAAGCGCUAUAAAAGAUCUUCGCUUACUUUACCUCAAGUAAAGAGAGAUGAUGAUUUGAAAGAAAAUAACCCACCAGAAGCCGAAAACAUAAAAUCUUCAAACGUUGAUAAAUUGCCCGAUAUAAACCAUACGAAUAGUGCUAAUGGACAGACACAAGAAGAAAAAGAAAAGAAAUGUGAAAAUGACUUAACAAAAGUUAAUGGGACAAUCGUAAAAUCUACUAAUGGUAACAAUAGCAAAGGAAAACGGAGUCCAACAAAAAAAUUUGUCAAAAGAUUAUCUAACGGUGAUAGAGUGAUGCGGACCGUGCCUGACGAAGAUCAUGAAACGAGACCUUCUAAAAAUGGUGAAUCAGUCCAAUUAUUGGAAAAAAAAUCAACUCCUGAAGCGUCGAUUUUAAAAUUAACGGGAGGGAUCGAAUUGGUGCCACUUUUUGCGAGAAGAAGAAGAGUUGGUGCUCGUACUUUGCCUUCUAGUGAUGUCACGCGACCACCCGAACAAUAUUGUCAGUGGCGUGAAAUAUUAAAUGUUGACUAUCUAAGAGAAUUAAAACAUCAAAUGCGAGUAAAAAGUGAGCAGAAAGAGGAGAGUCGUCGUGAUUCAGCGGAGAGUGUUCGCAGGCACCAUGAAACUUGGGCUUCGCUGUGGGGAAGGCCCGGUCAUGGUGCCCCACAACGUGGACGAUAUGCUAGAAGUAACCUCGCUCAAUUGCUCUACGUUACACCUAUAGCCAAUGGGCGUUAAUAAUUAUUGACACUAAUGCCUCGAAAGCAACAAUUAUCUUGUUUUAUGUAUCAUAGUUCUGUCAGUUCCAUAAAAUAACUUAUUGGUGUUAAAGCACCUUCACAGUAACAUUACCUAAUAGUGGCAUUUUAUUAGAAAAUACGCAAACCACAAUAAUAGUUAUUAUGAGAAUUUCGUCAAAAUUUACAACUUAUUACUUUUAGACGUAUAGCUAAUGGACCAAUCCACCAAAAUAGGUUUUAAUGUGUGUAUAAAUAUAUAAUCAGUAGGCAUUUGGAUGUAUUUCAUUUUGUCAGACAUUUAGAUACUUAUAUGUACCUAAAAUUUAAUGACAAGUUUUAGAAAAAUAAAAUAGUAUGCAGAUACUUUUUAUAAAAAAUUAAGUAUAACAAUUAUGUAGUCACAUUGUAAUGUAUAGCUUAAAUAAGUAAAUACUCGUAUUUAUACAAGAUAGCUAAUAGGCAAUUAGAUAAAUUUAUACUGGCGCUACGGCGUAAAGAUAUUAAUGAUGGUAAGUGCCAAUUAACAGAGAAACAUAUUAAAAAGAAAUAAACAUUUGGUAGGUUUAUUUCUUUUUAAUAUGUUUUGCUUGUAUUUAGUAUCGAAUCAAAUACCGCGAUGCGCCUGACAGGUUCUAUUCUCAGACCUUCUAUUCUAUUCGUAUUACUUGAGUGGGGUUCUAUUUUACAGUUUGAAAGAAAGGAACGACAUGAACAUGAAAGAUAUAUUUAAUAUUUUAGUUCACAUGAGUGCCAUGAUGCUUAAGGUGCUGUUCAUGUCUGCACAGUAGAUAUAUAAUGAGAUGCAUGAUGCCUUUUAUAUUCGUAUAUGAAGCGAUAACCUGAAGGUCAGUCGCUAAUACAAUUGUCAUUUCUAUUGUUAUAAAAAAUAAUUAUUGAUGGAAGCACUAAUAAUUAUGUAAUUUACAGCUAAAACUCUACGAUCAUUAAUAGAUACCUAAAUAAAUAGUCUUAAGCAAUAUCUGUGGAUAUAAUUAUUAUUAGAGAACGUCUUUAUUUUGCCUGUUUGUAAAUUAUGUAAAACAAUAAAAAUUAA